AUGGGUACCAAUCUGGAUUCACUGCCCCGUGAAGUUAUUGGCCAGAUAGUUGGGUUCUUGAAAGCUGAUGAAGCUGCUAAGCUUCGCCAAUUGAGCAAGGCCAUCAAGUCAGGUGUUGACGCGUCGCCAUUAUGGAAAAAAGAAUGUCAUAAUCUUUGGUUAUCAAAAUUUGAUCAACGAAAUGAUAAAGUGGAUGAUAAUACCAAUUAUUGUCAAUAUUUCAACACAAGAAUGAGGAUCGAUCAUGGUGUUGUUAAGAUUCUAGAUCAAAUUGUGGAAUCAGAUUCAAGUGAUUAUGUGUUCAAUGAAUGUUGGAAAAUAGUCCAAAAGAAAAAUCUAGUUACACCAGUCUUGAAUAGAAUCAGAAAGGACCCCAAGAACAAAUUCAGACUUUCAGUACGUUACUUUGCUACUGCAUUGCUAAGGUCAAUUCGUCGUGCCACGGCCUAUGAAACUAUUGAUCGUUGUGUUGCAAAAGGUACUUCACCAUAUACAAGUGUGUCAACCACCUAUGAAGAAACGUUGUACAAUUUAAGUCAUUUUGAUCCUGGAUUUGAAGACGCGGCACCUUAUAGAGAAAGAACUUUGGAAACAAUCAGAAAGGAAGCACAAAAGGAUCCAAAGUUUAAGAAAGCACCAAUUGGAGAGAAAGUUGCAAUAAUUUACAGAUCGGUCACAAGUGUUUUACAUGGUCUUGAUUCUCCUUUGGCAAGGGGAGAUACUAGUGAAGAUAACUCAAUUGUCAGGCUUUAUGCUAAAGAAGUUUUGGGUCAUCCUAUUACAGCUAUUGCUAUUGUUGAAAGAAUUGCUCGUGAUUUCAACAUCCCGGUUCAGAUUAUGGAGCAUAAAUACAUUGAAUCAGGGAAAAUUCCAGCUUAUAUCUUGCGUGUUGGUGUGUCUUCGGAUUUUGACUACGUUUGGAUAACAGGACCUGUAAUGCAUAACCAUACAUUCAGGGAUAUUACUUAUAAUUGUGUCAAAGCUGGUUCAUUGUUACAAACGUUUAGACAAUUAGAGCAUGCAACUGAAAGUUCUGUUGGUCGAAUUUUAAAGCCAAUGGAACUUGCCAACCAAAUUGGGAUGUAUACACAAAAUUUCCAGCUAUUUGAAUCAAAAUUAAAGCAGGAUGAGGAGAAUAAACCGCUUUCUAAGUUAUAUCCAAUUACAAGUAGUGAAUAUAGUGAAAUGUAUCAUCAAGCACUUUAUGACUAUUAUUGGUUUGUUCAAUCAAGUGGUAAAAAAUUUAGAAAGAGUGUCUAUUUUGGAGUUGCUCAAGACGGUAUGUUCAAGAAGCAUACAAGUCAAGGUUUUGCUGCUGCUCUUUCUAAACAAUUCCCAUUUGAUUUACCACUUAUUCAUAACAAGAAAGUUUUCCAUGAUAUGCCAUUAGGUCAAUAUCAACGAUAUGUCAAGAAGGAUUACUUUAACUUUCAAGACAGUUUGGAUUUGAGAUACAAUGUUCCAGAAGAUAUUAAAAAAUCGGUUUCACAAAGGUUUAAACCUGGUGACACUUGUUAUGAUGAAAUUUAUAAUGACUUUAAAGGUGAUUUUGGUGUCAUAUUAGGGUAUCAAUACACUUUUAAUCCUGAAAACCCUGAUUUAGUUUAUCGUCUUGCUACAUCUGGAAGACAUUAUAUUUCCAAGAAUCGUGUGAUUGUUGAUGGUCAAUGUUUGCCUCGAGUUUUUGAUGUAAUUUGUGAAAAUAUUGGGAUUGGACUCUUUAUGAAAAGUUUUGAUCCUAAAAAAAUGAAAUUUGAGCCUACCCCAUUCUUGAAAAAAUCAGGAUCAACAACAUUGAGAAGAUUCAACCCAUUCACUACUGAUGCUGUCGAUGACAUGCUUGCAAGACAAGGCUUCGAUGUGGAUUCUGAAUAUUUGGACCAUGAUACUGGUUUUUUCGGUGAAGGUGUUGAGAUCUAUGAUUCAAAUGCUCAGUACACAUCGCAUGCUAAUCCAGAAGAUGACGAGGAGAGUGAGGGCGAGGGUAUUGGUCCUGAAAUGAUUCGCCAGUUUAUGACAUCAAACGUUAAUGAAAGUCCAGGAAAUGUUGCAGAAUUCUUGAGAAUGAUGGCUGCUUUUGAUGGGUUAGGUGCUGGUGAAGGUUAUGACCUUGAUGGAGAACGUUAUGAACAUAAUUAUUUCCAUAGUGAUUAUGAUGACGAUGACGAUGAUGAUGACGAUGAAGAUGAAGAUGAAGACGAACAUUAUUAUGAUCGUAACCUUGGGCAUGAACAUGAUUCUGAAGAUGAUUAUGAAGAUGAAGAUGAAGAUGAAGAUGAAGAUGAAGAUGAAGAUGAAGAUGAACACUUUGAUCCAGUUGAUCCACAUGGAGUGAUUCCACCAGGGAUAAGCCCAAACAUUGCGAGAGAAGGGUUGACACCACUAUUCUCCAUGUUACAAGCAAUGGGAGCAGAUACUGAUAAUGUUGUUGAAAUGUUGAAUCGCCAAGGCACUAGAAUAGCGGAGUUUCAUAAUCAACAACAGGAGAUUCGCAAUAGAAAUGGUGAAAAUACAGGUGCUUCAACUCAAAGGGUUUUCACGCCUUCAAAUCCAGCUAGUUUAAGUGAUCUCCAAAACAGAAAUGCUGAGCCAGUAGUUCAACCAAGAGCUUCUCAACCAAGAUCAGCACCUCAACCAAGAACUACUCAACCAAGAGCUCCUGAACCAAGAGCCCCUGAACCAAGAGCUCCAGCACAGGAAUCAGAGGAUGAACACGAUGAACUUUGGGAUGUGGAUUAG